AUGUUGCUCAUUGACCUCGAUGUAGGGGUGGCCAGAAUUCGUGGAGAUAGAGAUGUUCAGAUGGACAGAUUCGAUAUCAAAAAUCAUUAUUUCGAUGAAAAAGAGGAUCCGGAAUUUAAAUCAAGCAAUUAUGAAAAAGCUUUUGUCAAUGCUUUCAAACGUGAGGACCAAGCCUUAAGGUCUACAUUUGGAGCCCUUCGACGCGGUGGAACUACGGCGACGGCCGCUUUGUUUUUCAGCAACUCCAACAUUUGUUACAUCGCCAAUGUUGGUGAUAGCACGGCAGUUCUCGGUAGCAUACCAGGUGGUUACAAGGAACCAGCAGCCACUACAGUAAGCUAUGAUGAUAAAGUCGAUAAUGCCACAGAAUUUAACAGGCAAUUUUGUUUCCUUCGCAUCAAAUGGGUAAUUGAUCGAUUCGUUAGGCCUCUUGGGGACUUUGAUUUUAAAGCUCCGUUUACUCCAUCCGGAAAGGAUUGGAUUUCACCAAUUCCGCAUACGCAAAAAAUCGAUUUGGUUCCGCAUGAAGAUGAAUUUUUGAUUAUAGCCUCAGAUGGUAAGCAGGAACAGUUUACGGUUCAAGUUGCCGGUUUUACAAAUGAGGCAACUCUUGUCAAUUGCCUAGGUUUGUGGAAUGUUUUUAACGAGCAUAAUGUUGUUGACGAAAUUACCAUAUUCCUUGAUCGAGGGUACAGCGUACAACAAAUUGCUUCGGUGCUUGCGAACACCGCGGCUAAAAGAGGUCAAUCGAAAAGCGACAAUGUCACUGUUAUGUUGAUCUAUUUUAUUUGGGAUAAACGGUUGCCACAAGACAGGCUUAUGUGA